UUUUAGUUAUUAGUUAAACAGCGCUUUUCAACUUACGAAUACAUUUUCCCCCUUCCUAGAGAGUGGAAAUUGUUUGCUAAUGAAGGAUUAAACACCUUAUUAUUUUAGCUUAAUUCUUCAAUGGAUGUGGUAUUUACAAUUGGAUAGAAGAAAGGCAAGCUCUCGAGCACAAUUUCCAUUGCUGAACAUUGUUAAUUCUCUAUUACAAAUUGCAGACCAGUUAUAAAAGGAUGUUUUCCAGACAGACAAAAUGAACUGUAGGGUUUAGGAGGGUUCUCGUACUCAUUGUUGAAGAGUUCAAUCAGGCCAGUGCUUUUGCACGAUUAAAAGUUCAAAUAUCUGGGUAAGAAACCUUCAUUGACCACUAUGGGAAUAAAAGAUCUUUUCAAGGUCAUGAAGCCUUACAUUGACAGAGUUCAUGUCAACAAAUAUGCAGGGAAACGAGUGGGUAUUGAUGCUUACUCAUGGCUUCACAAAGGAGCCUAUUCAUGCAGUAUGGAGAUUUGCCAGAGAGCUCCCAAUACAAAAAGUUCUAAUCUUCCCUACAUGAAGUAUUUUAUGGAAAGAAUAAGUAUGCUUAGGUACUACAAUGUCAUUCCAGUUGUUGUUUUUGAUGGUGGGAGACUUCCAUCUAAAGCUGCCACAGAACAAGAACGCCAGAGGAAGAGAGAUGCCAACCUGGAACAAGCUCGAACCAAGUUAUCCCAGGGAGAUUUUACUGGUGCUAUUGAAUUUUUUCAGGGAGCAAUAAAGAUUACACCAUUCAUGGCACACGAGCUUAUCCACAUCCUUAAAGAAGAAUGUGUUGAAUAUAUGGUUGCACCUUAUGAAGCAGAUUCUCAAUUGGCUUACUUGUCUAUGUUGGACCCAGAGAAAGGUGGAUUAGCAGCUGUCAUAAGUGAGGAUAGUGAUCUAUUGGCAUAUGGGUGCAAUGUGGUUAUUUACAAAAUGGAUAAGUUUGGAGUUGGUGAAGAAGUUAUAUUGGACAGAGCUUUUGACUGCACAAAUGUGUCUGCUGGGAAAUUUACAUUUAAAUGUUUCACCCAAGAAUUAUUCACAGGCAUGUGUGUCCUUGCAGGUUGUGAUUACCUUUCAUCUAUCACAGGCAUUGGAAUCAAGCGAUCACAUUCCUUGGUAUCCCAGUACAAAAAUUUAGAUCAGGUUCUUUCUGCAUUGCGACUUAAGAAAAAGGGUCAGAUACCUGAAGGUUACAUCAAUUCUUUCAAAGAGACACUCGCUGUUUUUCGUCAUGCAAGAGUAUAUGACCCUAAUCUGAGACGUCUUUCAUUUCUGAGGCCAGUACAAGAAGGGUUUUUAGAAGCGUUUGAGGGUAACCUUGACUUCCUUGGGCCAGAAUUGUCUCCUUUAGUGGUAAUUGCUAUUGCUGAAGGGCGAAUCGAUCCUCUAUCAAUGGAAUAUUUUGAUAAGUUUCCACAAGUUACUUCACAAGAACAUGGGAUACUCUUUACGAAUCAGAGAGUUACCUUGCAGAAUCAGUCAAGGGGAUUGCAGAGCGAAAGUGAUUCCAGUCCAUUUGUCUUGAUUUCUCAGAAUGAGAAAGAUACAAUUUCUAUCAGAACCGGAGAGAAGAUUUCACAAAAGUUGAGUCAUACAACAUACAAGAAUCAAGGUAAACAGUCGUUCAACUAUUGGCGAGCAGGGAUUCCUCUCCCAGUAAAGGUUAAUGUGACCAUUUCUCACAAUUUUGCAUUGUCAAGUAGGGGCAUGCUUACUGGGUUUUGAAUUUGGGUCGUUGUGGCAGUGUGUCACACUUGUUCUUGACCACAAACCGACAGAUAAUGGAGUAUUAGUUAUACCAUUAAGGAGAAAAUUUCUAAUUGUAUUUUCUCCUUCAAUACUUGCUCUCUAGUUUUCUUUGUAAUACGAAGGAAGUUUGAUUUUACCGUGGUUAUUGUUAGAUCAUUUGUCUAUUACGUUUGCAUUUA